CUUUGACCUUACUUUCCCGUGCAGUUUUGGAGAAGGAGAGCCUGUUGUUUAUGAAUUUUUUUUUUUUUUCCCCCUGUUCCCAAAUCUCUCCUUCCUUGAGUUCUUCCCCCUCUCUUCCUUUCCCUCUCGGUUAUGUGAAACUCGAAGAAUAAAACAAAACGAAGCAAAAACACUAUCACAAUCUCUAGGGUUUUUUCAACUCUCAAUCUGUUCAAUCAAACGCUUUCAGAUUCCACUCUCUCCAUCGAAUUCUAUCACUUCCCUGGGUUAUUGCAAUGCACCGUGUGGGUAGUGCAGGGAACAAUUCCAAUUCUGUUCGCCCGCGCAAAGAGAAGAGGCUUACGUAUGUGCUGAGUGAUGCUGAUGAUACAAAGCAUUGUGCUGGCAUAAAUUGCUUGGCUGUGUUAAAAUCACCUGUAUCUGAUGGGAGUGAUUACCUCUUCACUGGGAGUCGUGAUGGCACACUGAAGAGAUGGGCAUUGGCUGAAGAUUCUGCUUCAUAUUCUGCUACAUUUGAAUCACAUGUUGAUUGGGUAAAUGAUGCUGUCCUUGUUGGUUAUAGUACACUUGUCUCCUGCUCCUCAGACACCACCCUCAAGACUUGGAAUUGCUUGUCUGAUGGAAUUUGUACCAGGACUCUUCGACAGCACUCUGACUACGUUACUUGUCUUGCUGCAGCAGAAAAAAAUAGCAAUAUUGUUGCCUCUAGUGGCCUUGGUGGGGAGGUUUUCAUAUGGGAUCUUGAAGCUGCACUUGCUUCAGUCUCAAAGUCAAAUGAUGCGAUGGAAGAGGAUUGUUCAAAUGGUGUCAAUGGUUCUGGCAAUCCAUUGCCCAUGACAAGUUUACGCACCAUUGGGUCAAGCAACAACAUAUCUAUGCAUACAACUCAGUCCCAUGGAUAUGUCCCAAUUGCUGCGAAAGGCCAUAAGGAGUCAGUUUAUGCAUUGGCAAUGAAUGAGAGUGGAACUAUUCUCGUCUCUGGUGGAACUGAGAAGGUUGUGCGUGUUUGGGAUUCGAGAACUGGUUCAAAGACUAUGAAGCUAAGAGGGCACACUGAUAAUAUUAGGGCUUUGCUUUUGGAUUCUACUGGCAGGUUUUGCUUAUCUGGAUCCUCUGAUUCUAUGAUCAGACUAUGGGACCUUGGUCAGCAGCGUUGUGUGCAUUCAUAUGCUGUGCAUACAGAUUCUGUCUGGGCACUUGCCAGCACACCAACGUUUAGCCAUGUUUAUAGUGGUGGGAGGGACCUAUCCUUAUACUUGACAGACUUGGCAACAAGAGAGAGUCUUUUGCUUUGUACAAAGGAACAUCCUGUUUUGCAGUUGGCAUUGCAUGAUGAUAGCAUAUGGGUUGCGACAACAGAUUCUUCAGUUCAUAGAUGGCCUGCCGAAGGACGCAAUCCUCAAAAGGUCUUCCAAAGAGGUGGUUCAUUUUUAGCUGGAAACCUAUCCUUUUCGAGGGCGAGGAUUUCUUUAGAAGGAUCGACUCCGGUUUCUGUCUACAAAGAACCAACUUUAAGCAUUCCUGGAACUCCGGCAAUAGUGCAGCAUGAAAUUUUAAAUAACAGAAGACAUGUCCUGACAAAGGAUACUACUGGUUCAGUGAAGCUAUGGGAGAUCACAAGGGGUGUUGUAGUUCAGGACUUUGGAAAGGUGUCAUUUGAGGAGAAAAAGGAGCAAUUAUUUGAAAUGGUAAGCAUCCCUGGGUGGUUCACUGUGGAUACAAGGCUUGGAAGCCUGUCUGUUCAUUUGGACACACCACAAUGCUUUUCUGCAGAGAUGUAUUCUGCAGACCUUAACAUAGCCGGAAAACCUGAAGAUGAUAAGGUCAAUCUAGCUCGUGAAACCCUUAAAGGUCUGUUGGCUCAUUGGAUGGCGAAAAGAAGGCAAAGACUUGGAUCCCAAUCUUCAGCUAAUGGGGACGUUUUAUCUGGGAAAGAUAUUACUUCCAGAAGUCUUGCUCGUUCAAGAAUUGAGAUAGAUGGUAGCGCCGAAAAUGACUCCAUGGUGUAUCCCUCGUUUGAAUUUUCAACAAAUUCCCCUCCUUCAAUUAUCACUGAAGGCUCUCAAGGAGGCCCAUGGAGAAAGAAAGUGACUGAUUUAGAUGGAACUGAGGAUGAAAAGGACUUCCCUUGGUGGUGUUUGGAUUGUGUAUUGCAUAAUCGCCUUCCUCCAAGAGAAAACACCAAGUGCAGCUUUUAUCUGCAUCCUUGUGAAGGUUCAGCUGUACAGAUCCUCACGCAAGGCAAGCUGAGUGCACCCCGCAUACUGAGAAUACACAAAGUUGUCAAUUAUGUCAUAGAAAAGAUGGUCCUUGACAAACCGCUGGAUAAUCCUGAUGGAAGUUUUGCUCCUGGACUUGGUGGAGGACAGUUACAGCAUUCCACUGUUGGAGAUGGAUCCUAUCGACCUGGACUGAAGCCUUGGCAAAAGCUGAGGCCUUCCAUAGAGAUUUUGUGCAACAAUCAGGUCUUAUCCCCAGACAUGAGCUUAGCCACCGUGAGAGCUUACAUAUGGAAGAAACCUGAGGAUCUGGUCCUUAACUACAGACUGGUUCAGGGCAGGUGACUCCAUACAACUUUUGGGAGGAGAACAAAUGGUUGCUCUAUUUUCAGACUGUUAUUUAAUGGGUUACAGGGGGAACUUGGCUCUCUGAUGGAAAUAUUGUGCUUGUGUAAAAUAUUGGGGAACACAUUGGUUCUUCAGGGGUCCUCAGCAUAAUCAGUCUUAUAAUGAUCCUUGUAAAUUUGGAAAAGCAAUUGAUUUCUGGCCAUUCUCCAAACUAGCUGAGAAGAUCUUGGUUAGCGUUUUCCUUUGUUGGACUGAUGGUGUAUAACUUUUGAACCUCGUCUAGCCAGCAUGCAAGCUAUUUUUGAUGGACAUAGCAAAGUCAUAGGGCAAGUCUGCACGUGGCAAUAGAAUUGUUUGUGACUGUUGAGAGUUAAUGGCAAGGAGCUUGCUAAGCGGUGCCAACUAGAGUCAUGAUGUGGAAAGCUUUGUAGAUUUGUAUUGUUGGUACAAUACAUAGCCAUAGAAACUGUUAUUAAGGUUUUUCUUUAUUUUUUUAUUAUGUUCUUUUUGCUUUUCGUGGAAAUAAUACAAUUUCCAUUCAUUUUGAUCUAGUCAUUUUAUUUAUCUGCCUACAAUUUUUUUGCCCACUUCGAAUGCUCCCAUGUAACCUUUUUCGAGGUGAACAAUACUCUGUAACUGCAGAAGUAUUCGGUGAGAGCAUUUAAAGAGAUUAUAGGCUUCUUACCA